AUGUCUCUAGCCAUUGAUGUGGCCCGUCUCGGGAUCCCCAUCCAGGAAGACGGCACUGUAACACCCUUUCGGUGCCUAGCUGCCAUGCCACCCAAGGGAAGCACAAGGGCUGGGAUACUGCCAGGCUCCCCAUACCUAGACGGGAUAAUUCGAGAAGCAGAGGUCGGGUUAGAACCACGGACCUUUCAGCAAAUUCGCACUCUGAGCCACCUCGUAUGCACGACGCGAUCUCGCUGCAUCAGUAAACCACCCUUGACUUGA